UCGGGCAAUGCCACUGCGGAGACUCAUGGGAAUUGUAGUUUGGCUCAGCAGGCUCCCUGUUCUCCCCAUAAGUCAGUUCUCUGAUUGGACUGCAUCUCCCAGGAUGCACCACAGAAGUCCCUGACACUGCAGCAUCAUGGGGCUUGUGGUUUGGGUGCCUGGCUUCAGGCUGAGCUGCCGCGGUGGCUCAUGGGAGUUGUAGUUUCAUGCUGGCUCGUGGCUCACCCCACCUGGUCCUGCCUGCACAGAUGGCCAUCACCUUCCACAACGACAGAGUCCUGGACAGAGCCCGCGCCGACCACACUGUGAUCCUGCUUGAGAAGGACCACGACUCCCGGAACAUGUUCAAGUGCCUGAAAGUGAGGCCCAGCAAGAUGGCGGAGGAGCUGACGGAGCAGCGCAAGCAGUUGCUGCGGCGAAGCCGGACGGACAUGCGGGACCCGGCGCCGGACAAGGAGGCCCUGCUGGAGGGGCUGGAGCAGGAGCUGCGGAGCGAGGACGAGACCUUCCUGGAGACCUACAGGAAGCGCUUUGGAAAAUUCGCCAUUUUGGCGGGUGACAGUGCGGGGUGUCUGGCCCUGGCACCGUUGGGCGGAGCUGCCGGCGCUGGGAUGGCUGCUGAAGCUGGGGAGUGUCUGGGAUAUGGGCAGUAUCAGGAAACGUCCUUUUGGGGGCCUAAGGAUCUGGUGGGCCCCGUCUGUGCCUGCUGCAGCGACCUUUGA